CAGCGGGUUCCAGCCUCUUUGCUGCACAGACUACAGCGGUGAUGGCGGGCAGGCAGUUUGGCUGGAGCCGGGUGGCUCUUCUCCAGCUCUUUCUUGGUGUGAACCUGAUGGUGAUGCCACCUACCCAGGCCCGGCGUCUGCGUUUCGUUACCUUGCUGUACCGACAUGGAGACCGUUCGCCAGUGAAGACAUACCCCAAGGACCCCUAUCAGGAAGACGAAUGGCCCCAGGGAUUUGGUCAGCUAACCAAGGAGGGGAUGCUACAGCACUGGGAGCUGGGCCAGGCUCUGCGACAGCGCUACCAUGACUUCCUCAACACCUCUUACCACCGGCAAGAGGUUUAUGUGCGAAGCACAGACUUUGACCGGACUCUCAUGAGUGCUGAGGCCAACCUGGCUGGACUCUUCCCUCCUGAUGGGAUGCAGCGCUUUAACCCAAACAUCUCUUGGCAGCCUAUCCCCGUCCACACUGUGCCCAUUGCCGAGGACAGGCUGCUCAAGUUCCCAUUGGGCCCGUGUCCCCGUUUUGAACAGCUGCAGAACGAGACCCGACGGACACCGGAGUAUCAGAAUGAGAGUAUUCAGAAUGCACAAUUUCUGGAUAUGGUGGCCAACGAGACAGGGCUUACGGACCUGACACUGGAGACCGUCUGGAAUGUCUACGACACACUCUUCUGUGAGCAGACACACGGGCUGGUCCUGCCGCCCUGGGCCUCGCCCCAAACCAUGCAGCGUCUGAGCCGGCUAAAGGACUUCAGCUUCCGCUUCCUCUUCGGGAUCUACGAGCAGGCAGAGAAGGCCCGGCUGCAGGGGGGAGUCCUGCUGGCUCAGAUACGGAAGAACCUGACCCUGAUGGCAACCACCUCCCAGCUCCCUAAGCUGCUGGUCUACUCUGCGCACGACACCACCCUGGUUGCUCUGCAAAUGGCGUUGGAUGUCUACAAUGGUGAACAAGCCCCCUACGCGUCCUGCCACAUAUUUGAACUGUACCAGGAAGAUACCGGGAAUCUCUCCGUGGAAAUGUACUUUCGGAAUGAGAGUAACAAGGCCCCCUGGCCACUGACCCUGCCUGGCUGCCCUCACCGCUGCCCGCUACAGGACUUCCUUCGCCUCACGGAGCCUGUUGUGCCCAAGGACUGGCAGCAGGAGUGCCGGCUGGCGAGCAGUCCUGCAGACACAGAGGUGACCGUGGCCUUGGCUGUAUGUGGCUCCAUCCUCUUCCUCCUCGUAGUGCUGCUCCUCACCGUCCUCUUCCGGACGCAGGCCCAGCCUCCUGGCUACCGCCACGUUCCAGACGGGGAGGAUCACGCCUGACAACCACUCAGCCCCCUUCCCUCUGCCUCCUAGGGGAGGUGGGCUGGGCCUUGCUCCUGACUGUUGCUGCUCCCCAGCCCAUGGACAGGAGACCCUGGGUUGGGCCUCCCUCUGAUCACCCCAACCUAGAUGAACAAGUGGGGCUCAGCUUGGCCCGUGGCACCUGUCACUCAGCAUUCACGUGCCUGAUGUUAACCAAGUACUGUGUUGGAUGCUGGCUUUCUCCAAACAGGAUUUGCCUCCUCCGUGCUCCCUUCUAAGGACCUGAAAUGUAGAUGAGUAUUCAAGUUUCACUCAGGACCUAGGAUAAAAAGACUGAAGGAGUUGCUGCUUGAUCUGCUUUGCCUCUCCAUCGAGCCCUGCUCACUCUCUCUUCCAACCCAGAGUCUUUGGCAAAUGGCCCAGAGGACACAGUCCUGCCUCUCAGUGCUUAUUUUAGUGGGAAAAACUGCACAACACUGGGGGUACAAACACUGGCCACCAAGGAACCAGAUCACCCGAGAGCCAGCCAGCAAAGUUUUCCUUUGUCCAGCUGAAGCCACCAUUAACUGGAGUCGGACACAGUGCUUCCAGCAUCUUUGUCACCCCUGCACCUUGAGCAGGUCGGAAGGAUGUGUGUACUUGGGAGGGAGUCGGGGGAGGUGGGGGGGGGUGAGCUGUGGUACAGAAUCGUGAAACUACUAUCCCUCUCAUCUAGGCUGGGAUCUCCUGGGAUCUGCCAGGGAUCUCCAGCUGGCAGGCUGUGAGCUGAACAGCUCCUGACUGUGGCCCAGAAUGGGGCUGAGACAGCUUCCAGAGAAUGAAGGUUUUGGACUCUCAGUG